CGACAAUUCAAACGCGUCAUCUUCUCCCCUCCCCUCCCCUCCCCUCCCCUUCCGCUUGAUCCCCUCUCGCUUUAGAAAUCUCUAGACGCUUCUAGAAGUCUCGCGAUUCUCCUCGAUACAGCCUAGGGGAUCGGAGCUGCGUGCGUCCUCGUUAGCUCGGCGGAGGCCCGGGGUUCGAUCGGAGGGCGGGAUCGCUAGCUUACGCCUCGGGUUCCCUGGAAGCUUCUGGAAUCAUCCGCAUUCUGCAGGAGAGGCUAGGGUUUUGGAAGCCGCUGCGUUCAGAGCCACUCGAUCCGCAAAUCGUUUCGAACAAUCUCGAAGCUUCUCGACGCUUCGGGGAUCGUGGGGGCGAAGCUAUUGUUGCGAGGUGGUACCCCAAAUCGCCUCCUACGCCCUGAUCGCUCCGCCGCCGCCGGCGAACCCUAGGGUUUCGACGACAGGAUGCAGAAGCUGGGUUUAUCGGGGCUUAGGGGUCUCGAGGGGUUCCGAUCUCUCGCUGGAUCCACCUCGACGGCCGCGAAGGCCCCGAACCCCAAGCCGUCGUCCGAUAUUGGAGGGAGCACGUACGGGAGCUUCGCCAAUCUUAAGAUCACAGCAGAAAAGCUGGUUAAGGAGCAGGCUUCAGUGAAGACUGAUCUAGAAAUGACGCAUACCAAGUUGAGAAGAGCAACAGAACAGAUAAAUCUGUUAGAAGCAAAGCUCCAACAAGCUGUCAAUGAAAAUGCAAAGCUUAAGGUGAAACAGACUGAAGAUUCAAAGCUCUGGCAGGGAUUAGAUUCAAAAGUUUCCUCAACAAAGACUUUGUGCAAUCAACUGACAGAAACUCUGCAGCAGUUAGCUAGUCAGACAGAAAGAGCUGAGGAAGAUAAGAAGUUUUUUGAGGAGAUUCUUGGCAAGAAUUCAAAAGCUUUUGAAGAAUUCAACUGCCUGUUGCACGAUUCAUCAAUAAAACUGGAAUGUGCAGAACAAAUGAUCAUUUCAGGGAAACAGGAGAUGUUGCGGAUCAAACAAGAGAAAGAAGAGAUGGAUCAGAGUUACAAGGAACAGCUAUAUGCAAGUGAUACUACCAUAAGAGAAAAAAAUUCUCUCAUCAAACAGUUGGAAGAUUCCAUUGAACAAAAUAAAGCCCGACUGUUGUAUGUUGACUCCCGUUUGGAAUGCAUGGAGCAAGAGUUGAAGCUAAAAGAAGAUGUUUGCAUUUGUCUGAAAGAAAACCUGGCAAGCACUGAAAGUGAAAAGAAUGACUUGAAGCUUAGGAACGAGGGCUACACUUUGGAAGUUCAGAAACUAUCCAAGGACAACAAGGAGCUUAAUGAAUUGCUUAGUGGUUUUACGGUUAAGGUAACUGAGCUAGAUAAAGAGCACACAUCAAUUUCAAGUCAUGUCACUCAGUUGAUUUCUUCAUUUGAGAGAUAUGAUGGAAAGGUUCACGAGGAAAAAAUGUUGAUGAUAAAAUCUGCCAAGGACAAAUUUGAACAUCUCCAAAAUCAGUAUGUAAAUUUGAUAUCAGAAAACAAUGCUCUCCAAACUGAAAUCGAGGAGCUGAAGUCCAGAAUCAUAGAGCUGCAGAAAACUCAAGAGAUUGUCAUGGUUCAACAUGUAGAAGAAUGCCAAGUUGCUGAAGAUAAGAUCAGAAGAUUGGAGUCUGAAGCAGAAAUUUCUGCCUCCAACAUUAGUCAGCUAGAAAAGGUAGCUUCUGACCUAGAAGGGAGGGUUCAAAAACUUCUGGAGGAUUCUAGAUCUGCUGAAAAUCACAAGCAAGAGUUGCUUCAGAAGAUUCUGAAGCUAGAAUCAGAUAAUCAGGAGCUUCUAGGUCGAGUGCAAUCUGUUUUGAAUGAGAAGUCUAAUGAUACGGAAUCUCUGCAAGGAGAGAUAGCUAAGCGUGACCAACAGGUUGAGACACUUGAGAACCAGGUCAAUCAGCUUUGCAGUAUUAUUGAUGAGAAAGAACAACUACACACUUGUGCUGUAGAAAGAGAGAAGAAUUUAGAGGAACAGAAGUUACAGGUCCAAGCAUCACUUGCUGCAACAGAAAGCCAACUUACUGAGGCAAAAAAACAGUAUGAUAUCAUGCUUGAAGGUAAAAAGAUAGAGCUGUCCAAGCAUCUGAAAGAAUUAUCACUGAAAAAUGACCAGGCAAUCAAUGAAAUCCGUAGGAAAUAUGAACUAGAAAAGGUAGAAAUCAUUAAUAUUGAAAAAGAAAAGGCCGAGAAGCUCAUAAAGGAAAUGGAAAACAAAUGCAAUGAAAAGAUUUCAGAAAACAGGCAAGAUUCUGAGAGGUAUUUGAUGUGUCUAAAGGAGGAGCAUGGCUCAAUGGUUGCAAGAAUUCAGCAGGAUAAUGAGCAUAAGGAAUCAACUCUUCGAGCUUAUCAUAAAGAAGAACUCCAGCGCAUCCAAUCUCAGGCUGAGAAUGAAUUGAGGGAGAGAUUGUCAUCGCUCAGAAAGGAUCAUGAAAUUCAAAUGAAAUCAUUGACUAAAAAGCAUGAGGAAAAUUGUCAGAAGCUUCAGGAUGAACUGGAGCUUCAGAAGUCAAAGGAGGAGAAGCAAAGAGCAUUGUUACAGUUACAAUGGAAAGUAAUGGGCGAAACCCAACAGGUUGAUCAAGAAGUAAACUCUAAGAAGGAAUACUCUGUUUCAUCAAUAAAGAGGAGAGAUCCAUAUAUCAGAAAAGAACAUCAGCUUCAGUUGGUUAGUCCUGAGACCAAACGGAAGGAUGUUAAUCUAUCUGGCAUUAUACAAUCACCAAUUACAAACAUGCUGAGAAAGGUAGAGAAAGGAACCCAGGAUAUUCCUAAGCAUAGAAAGGUAACACAUCAUGAAUAUGAAGUUGAGACAGCAAAUGGAAGAAUCACAAAGCGCAGGAAAACUAAGAGCACCGUCAUGUUUGGGGUACAGGAACCCAACACUCAGAAGUCAUUGCAUGAUACUGCUGACAAGGAUCCUACAAAAAUGAAGAAGGUUGUUGCUGGAUCCCAUCCCCACCCUGCAAACAUUGGUGAAUUGUUUUCUGAGGGCUCGUUGAAUCCAUAUGCCGAAGAUCCUUAUGCAUUUGGCUAGAAGCUCACAUUUGAGGUGCUGACCUUCAGAAGCAUGAUGAUGACUCCCGAGUGCAAUCCCCAAGUCGGAUUGAAUCAAUGAUCUUGCGGCCUUAGGCAUCUGACCAUCCUGUUGUACGAAACGACAAUCGUUAACUGCGUUGUAUCUGCAAUACUGUUACGACACGGGUUAUGGCAUCUGACCAUCCUGGUGUUCAUAACAUACUAUCACUACCUGUGAUGUAUCUGGAAUAUCGAUACGACAGACAACGAUUCUCCUGCGCGUACAGCAUCAACUGAAAAUGCCAGUGUUAGUUUUGCUAUUUCUAACGAUUUGCGGAAGGAUUUUAAUACAUUGAUAUUCCAUUGCCGGCGGAGUGGACAGGCAACGGAAAACAGUAGCAAACUUGGUCCGAGGACAAAGCAUCUAGUUUUAAUUUGAGCAAUUUUACCAUACAACAUUUGGUAUCUCGAGGUAUCACAUUUUACAUACAAAAUUUUGAUACCUCGAGCUGGUUGGUAAAAUUGUUUUUUUUUUUCAGUUUAUCAGUGGCUUUUUAUGGCUUGCGCAUGAAGGUCCUCUCGGACAUGAAUUUGGGCCGAGUGAAUACAAAUAUCUCAAUAAAGUGCGUGUCACUGGAUUCAAAGGGUCCAGAGGACAACUUGAGUUUCUUUUGCAUCUCAUGGAAAAUGCACCUGGACUAGAAGUCAUAACUGUGGAUACAGCUGAAAGAAUAUGGAAGGAUGAAUAUCAUAAGAACGAAUAUCUCUGUUCUCUGCAAGACUGCAACUUUGCUCGUCAGACCGCCAAACAACAUCCUUCGUGAAGCACUUCCACCGGCCGCAAAGAUUUCCGUCCUUUAGCAUGGAUUUGUGUAAUUGUUUAGUAGUGAGUUCAUGUGAUCUCUCUAUAUAUAUAGUGUUACAUACCUAUCGAUGAUUUGAAGUUUGAGCAAUAGAUGAAUGCUCGAUUUAAAAUA